AUGCUCCAUUCAACACUGGCCUUGUCCCUCUUGCUAAUUGCAGUCUCUUCUAACCUUGCAAUGGCAAUCAAAAAGGAAAAAAGAGCACCUCAGACACUGUCAAGAGGAUGGGGAGAUGAAAUUACCUGGGUACAAACUUACGAGGAAGGGCUUUAUCAAGCGAAAAAAAGUAACAAGCCACUGAUGGUAAUUCAUCAUUUGGAAGACUGUCAAUACUGCCAAGCACUGAAGAAAGCUUUUGCAGAAAAUGAAGAGGUACAGGAAAUGGCCCAAAAAAACUUUGUUAUGCUGAAUCUCAUGCAUGAAACCACAGAUAAAAACCUGUCACCUGAUGGACAAUAUGUGCCUCGAAUCAUGUUCAUAGACCCAUCUCUCACAGUAAGAGCUGAUAUUACAGGAAGAUACUCCAACCGACUUUACACUUAUGAGCCACAAGACAUACCAAUCUUAAUAGAGAACAUGAAGAAAGCACUACGUCUCAUUCAGACAGAACUAUAGUCAGCAACAGUGAAAUGACCAUAGCCUCUAUGAGGUGAAGCUGCACC